AUGGCUGAGAAUAUCAGUACCAACGGAAAGUUUGUACAAUCAGCGAUUCCAAGGUUUGAUGGAUACUAUGAACACAGGGCAAAGCUGAUGGAAAAUUUCCUUCGUGCAAAGGAAUAUUGGAGUGUAAUUGAGGAAGGGAUUGAUUCAGUUCCAGCAGGCACUCAGGCAACAGAAGCACAGAUGAAGGUAAUCGAGGAGCAACAGCUAAAAGAUAGAAAGAAAUUCAAGGGUUCCACGAGGAUGAAGAGGGCUCAACUCCAGACACUGAAGACAGAAUUUGAACUCCUCAGAAUGAAGGAAGGAGAGACUGUUAAUGCAUAUUUCGGGCGUACUCUUUCCAUUGCCAAACGCAUAAAAGCAUGUGGAGAGGUAGUGCAGGAGAGGGAAAUUAUGGGAAAGAUUCUCAGAUCUCUAGUCCCGAAAUUUAAUUAUGUUGUAUGUUCUAUUGAAGAGUCCAAUAAUGUUGACACUCUUACAGUCGACGAACUUCAAAGUAGUCUCCUUAUCCACGAGCAGAGAAUGAAGAACGUUGAUGGGGAAGAACAAGUCUUACUGAAGGUGACUCAUGAAGUGAAAGUAGAUAAAGGAAGGGGAGAGGAUGAGGAAGAGGCAGAGGAAAUGGAAGAGGAAAAUCAUUCAAUAAAGCUAAUGUGGAAUGCUACCGUUGUCACAAUCUUGGUCACUUCCAAUAUGAAUGUCCUACUUUGGGAAAACAAACAAAUUAUUUCGAGCUAG